AUGGUGGCAGUGACACCCACCGGCGCUGUCGCCCUCUUCUCCUUCUCCGAUCUCUUGCGCGCUCUCUUCCUUCUAGACCAGCAUCAACGAGAGCGACGGACUCAAUCAAUGGCGGCGACAGAUGUGACGAAGCCGGCAGCAACAGGGCGCGACGGCGACAGCUCCCCCUUCCUUGAAUUCGAAGAAGCAGAAGAGAAAGAGAAAAGCAAAACACAGAAGGAAAGCGAGAGAAAGAGAAAGAGGAAGGAGUUGGCAGAGUUGACGGAUUAUGGCGGCGGCGAUGAGCUCAGAAAAUGGAAGGAGAGAGAGAGGAUGGAUACCAUCCAAGUUAGUGUUCUCUUUAACAGCUUAGGGCCAUCAUCAGCGUCUGUUGUGCCUGUUGCAGAGUACAUUCCAGCCCAGGAUGAAGCCAGACUCCUUGUUGUGGAUACUAAACUAGAUGUACUCUGCUAUGCUUCUAAGAAGCUUCCCUUGAGGCAUGUAGUUUCAAGAUUAAUCAUCCCUGGUUUAGCUGAUCAGUUAAAUGCAUUGCAGAAUUCAAUAUUGCCUAACCUUUUGGGACAACACCCUCAAGUGAGGCAAUGCAUUCGUAUAUUGGUUAAUGGAUUGAUCAAGGACGCCAUUCAUGUAAUUGGAUGUGGAUAUGAAGAGAAGACUGAAUGGGGAAAAGAGAUUGGUUGGAUUUAUGGAUCAGUGAUAGAGGAUAUCUUAACUGGAUUCAAGAUACACUGUAGAGGAUGGAGAUCAAUUUACUGCAUGCCAUUAAGGCCAACAUUCAAAGGGUCAGCACCAAUCAACUUGUCUGAUAGGUUGCACCAAGUUCUUAGGUGGGCCCUUGGAUCAGUUGAAAUCUUCUUCAGCAGACACUACCCUUUGUGGUAUGGAUUUGUAGGUGGACGCCUCAGAUGGCUUCAGAGUCUAACUUACAUAAACACCAUUGUCUAUCCUUUCACAUCACUUCCUCUUGUUGCUUAUUGUUUCUUGCCAGCAAUUUGCCUUCACUCUGGAAAGUUCAUCAUUCCAACGCUAUCAAACCUAGCAAGUGUACUCUUUCUUGGACUAUUUCUGUCCAUCAUAACCACCAGCAUCUUGGAGCUUCGAUGGAGUGGUGUGACCAUCGAAGCAAUAUGGCAAAACGAGCAGUUUUGGGUCAUAGGAGGCGUCUUAGCACAUCUCUUCGCCGUCUUCCAAGGUUUCCUGAAGAUGUUAGCAGGCAUUGACACAAACUUCACAGUCACAGCAAAAGCUGCAGAUGACAUAGAGUUUGGUGAACUCUACAUCAUAAAAUGGACCACACUCUUGAUCCCUCCAACAACUCUGAUCAUAGUUAACAUGGUUGGUGUUGCUGCUGGUUUCUCUGAUGCACUCAAUGGAGUCUAUGAGUCUUGGGGGCCUUUAUUUGGCAAAGUUUUCUUUGCAUUUUGGGUUAUUUUUCAUCUGUAUCCAUUCCUCAAAGGUCUCAUGGAUCGCCAGAACAGAACACCAACCAUUGUUAUACUUUGGUCAGUGUUGUUGGCAUCAGUCUUCUCUCUUGUUUGGGUUAAGAUCAAUCCCUUUAUCAGCAGAACUGACAGAACAUAUUCCUAUGUGUAA